AUGAGAGCGCGAGGGCGGCCUGAGGCGGUGCGAACGAGGCAGGCUUGAAACGCACGCGCCAGGAGAAGGAGGAGGGGGGGCGGUCACCGCGGCAACCGUGGCUGGCGGGUUUUUUCUAAGCCUGAGGUGGGUGGCGUGAGGAGGCGACGCCUGAGGGAAAAUGGCCGAGCCUUUUCAUUACAACAUGGUAAAUAACAUGAAAACUACUGAUACGAGGGUGGAAAAGAAGAAGAAGAAAAUGAAGAGUCUCAUGUCAGGAAAGAAUAAGGUAGAAAAGAAAAAAAUGAAGCGUCUUCUGUCAGAAAAGGGCAAGAAAGUAUAUGAACCUGAGGUGAAAAAACAAAAAAUUGAGGAAGAGGAGGACAAAGAUGAAGAACUUUCCCCUGAGGAGAAAAGGACAUUGGAAAGAAAGCUGAAGAAAGAGCGCAAGAAGGAGCAAAAGAAAUUGAUGCGAGAAACUGGGAUCAUAGCUAAGAAAGAAGAAUCUAAGAAACCAUCAGCAUCUGAGUUGGCACUAGACUACUUAACUAUCUGGUCUGAAAACCCCAAAGAAUGGAAAUUCCAAAAGACAAGGCAAACAUGGCUCCUUUUACACAUGUAUGAUAAAGAUAAGGUUCCUGAUAAAUAUUUUUCGAUUUUGCUGCGGUACCUUGAAGGACUCCAAGGUCGUGCACGAGAUGUAACUGUACAGAAAGCAGAAGCUCUUAUGAAGGACUACGACAGUUCUGAAAGAGAAGAUUCUAGUUUUCUGGAGAAAUGUGAACGUAUCCGCCAAGUUCUGCAACUGCUAUCAUAAAUAUGUUGCCUCCUGUCAAGCCUUUCUAGAACCCUGGAUUUGCCUCAUCUUACAGGAAGGAUAGGACUUCGAUCCUUUAAGCAGUUUUUUAAAGGACUCUCUUUCUGAAUCUCUGUAAUUCAUUAUUUUUAAUCUUUAUCUUCCUGUUUCUAAAACGGUUUUCUCUCAAAACUGCAAAGAUGGUAAAAAGUAAAAUCAAAAUAUAAUUGAGCAAUCACUGUUAAAAGCAAUGGCAGCUGGAUUUCUACAUCUUCUUUUAGGAUUUUUAAAAAGAUAUUUGCUAUGUAAUUUAUUUUAAAUAUUUCAUCUGUUAAUGUCAAAAACCCUUUCCUCAAGAAUUUAAAUCAAGAGCAGCUAAACUCUUUCAUUGAUUGUGUCUUCUCCAUUCCAGUAAUGACUGGAAUCAUCAUCUGCACAUAGCCUCUAUCAGUUAAAGAUCUUGAGGCAGUUUAUCUUGGCUUGCAUUUAUUUUCUUUUAAACUCUAUUUUAUUUUAAUAGCUACGUAAUGCACAUAUGAACUAAUAAAUGUAUUAUGGCUUGCAUUGUGGAAAAGUAGCUGCCUUUCAGGUGCCUCUCUGACCUUCGUACUCUCCUCACGUGAUUUGUUUUCCAUCUGAAUAAAUCUUAUGUUCAGUAGCUUUGCCUGAUAGACAGUUCCUGUCGUAAGCGAAUGGAGUUCCGCAAACACACAUGCAGAAAAUAGACAUUUUAUGAGCUGAAAUGACAACUAUACUAAUUAUUCAAAUAUUGUAGGUUCUAAUUGAACUAUUGCCCAGCUUCUCUUACUGGACUCCCCAAACAGUUUAUUGUUCUUUAAAUUGUAGCAUUUGUCUGAGUUUUGACAACCUAUCACGAGCUUGAGUUGCCAGAAGUUUUGGAAAAAGCAUGGAAGAUAUUAGUAAUCCUGCAAUCUGCUUACAUACUGCAUUCCCUAUAAGACAACCUCAUUUAAAAAGCCAGAUACUUAAGUGAUCCAAUAUGUGCUAUGCUAACAUGGUAACAAUAAUGGAAUUUAAUGUAGUGGCAUAAGCCAAGGUACAAAUUGGAGAGAGAGAGAGAGAGAGAGAGCAACAGAAGGCAAAAGCAGUGGAGGACUGCAAUAUUUUCUGAUUCUUGCCUCAAUGCAGAAAAUCAAAAUAUACAAAAGAACAUGCUUUCUGUCUUCUCCAUUCAGUCCAGAUAUUUAUUAGAGACAAAAUCGAGGUCUGCAUGAUAGCACCAUCUCUCAAGCACUUGUGCUAUUCUCCUUAGGUUACCUCCUUCAUUACCUUACACAUUUUAAUUAAAAUCAUUGUUUGAUUAAAAGCCUGGAAUGCAGAAAGAAUUCAAUUAAAUCAUGUGUCUCUUUCCAAUCAACUGGUGUAUUAAUAAUACAACAAAACACAACUAAGAUAGAUACAACUAAAAUCUCUGAGACCAAGAAAUUAAAUUUUCAUUUGGCAGCUCUUAAUUCUCUUCCAGCUGAGUUAAUCUUCACUGUGUACGUUUGACUGGGAAAAUUCAUAUCCUAGGAGAAUGCUGAAGUCAGGAUUUCCACAAAGAUAUUUUUUUAAAAAAACUGCUCAAGAUUGCUUAGUUCCAAAGAUACAAUUCUAUUGAUGGGCUAAUUGCUAAAAGACAUCAUCAGCAUAACAGUCUUCACUUUAAUUCAGUUGGUCUUCAUUGCACAUUGCUAAAUUGGAGUUCCAUGAUGUUCCUUCUCUUUAUUGAUUUGUAACUCUAGAAAUGACUGGGGAAAUAAAUCCAUCAUUUUAACUUGGAAA